AGAGAGAGAGAGAGAGAGACCGCGUGUGUGGGGUUGUUUUUUUCUCUCAUUCCUGGGGUCUGAAUGGAAAGCACGUCGAGCUGUAAUUAAGACAUCUUGGAGGCGUACUUAACUUAUGACGUGUUGCUUUUCUUUUCCUCUCGGUGAGAAAGUGGCUCUCUCUUCUCUGAAUCAGGUCCUCUGCCACCCAGAGCCACAGAGAGACAGUCGGGACAUAGGCACACACACUCACACGCUAACUUAAGGUGAGCACCAUAAACUUUUUCUGCACUUCGCUGUCCUCUCUUUCAAACUGUUGGAGAGUUCUGAGAGCAUCUUAACUCAGGAGCUCUGUGCAAGUGAAGAAGAUUCUUUUGAGUAUAAAGAUGACGAGUCUCCUCUUUCUGGUGCUGAUUUCUGUCUGCUGGGCUGACCCUCACCCUGACAACUCAAGCCUGGAGCAUGAGAGAAUUAUUCACAUCCAAGAAGAAAAUGGACCCCGUCUACUUGUGGUAGCAGAACAAGCCAAAAUCUUCUCGCAGCGGGGUGGCAAUGUCACACUGCCAUGUAAAUUUUACCACGAACACACAUCAAUAGCUGGCUCAGGAACCCACAAAAUCCGUGUCAAGUGGACCAAACUCACCUCAGAUUACCUCAAAGAAGUGGACGUCUUUGUUGCGAUGGGACACCACAGAAAGAGCUACGGAAAGUACCAGGGCAGAGUGUUUCUGAGAGAAAGCAGUGAAAAUGAUGCCUCCCUCGUAAUCACAAAUAUAAUGCUGGAGGAUUAUGGAAGAUAUAAGUGCGAGGUGAUUGAAGGAUUAGAGGAUGACACGGCAGUGGUAGCUCUGAAUCUGGAAGGUGUUGUAUUCCCCUACUCUCCGCGGCUGGGUCGUUACAACCUGAACUUCCACGAGGCUCAGCAAGCCUGCCUGGACCAGGACUCCAUCAUCGCCUCCUUCGAUCAGCUCUACGAGGCCUGGAGGUCUGGGCUGGACUGGUGCAACGCAGGCUGGCUCAGCGACGGCUCUGUGCAGUACCCCAUCACCAAGCCCAGGGAGCCCUGUGGGGGGAAGAACACGGUGCCCGGCGUCAGGAAUUACGGCUUCUGGGACAAGGAUAAGAGCCGCUAUGAUGUGUUCUGCUUCACUUCAAACUUCAAUGGUCGUUUUUACUACCUAAUACACCCGACCAAGCUGACCUAUGAUGAGGCUGUCCAGGCCUGCUUGAAGGACGGCGCUCAGAUCGCCAAAGUUGGCCAGAUAUUUGCUGCCUGGAAGCUCCUGGGAUAUGACCGCUGCGACGCUGGCUGGCUGGCGGACGGCAGCGUCCGCUACCCGAUCUCCAGACCAAGGAAACGCUGCAGCCCUAAUGAAGCCGCUGUUCGCUUUGUAGGCUUCCCCGAUAAAAAGCACAAGCUGUACGGUGUCUACUGUUUCAGAGCGUACAACUGAAAAUACCUAGAGCACACCAGAUUUAAAUUCAUUAAGAACAUGUGAAAGAUUUCUUUUCGAUACGAACUCAUGCAAGUUACCAAAACUGUGAUAAACCUUUCUUACUGUAAAGAGUCAUUUUCAUAAACCCAACCCAUUAAUUUGUUUUUGUUUUUGUUUUAAUAUUUUUGUAAAAGUAUCAUUCCAUAGAUAUUUUAAAUUAAUAUAAUUUAAUAGAAGCUCUAGGUAAGGAAUUUUUAGAGCCAAAUUCUUUAAGCUACAUCAUCCCAACAAAAUACAAUUUUCAUGAAUGGGGCAUGCAAUAGAGCUUGACAAUGCUAGGACACAAUUAUGGAAUGUAAGGCUACUCAAAGCAGAAGCUUUUAAAAGCACAAAUUUUACAUAUUUGUACCAGUUUGAGAUACACUGCAAAUUGAUUAUAUCUGGAGUUUUGAAAUAAGAUAAUGUUUUUGUUUAUAGGGGGUCAGUAAGGUUUUGCAAAAAAAAAAAAAAAGAAAAAAAAAAAAAAGCCAACAUGAUAACCACAGCAAGCCAGAUGAUUAGAAAAGACUGUUUUCACAUGGGAAUGACAUACAGUUUAAUAAAAGCAGCAAAAAUAGUCCACAAAAAUAGGAUUUGUUUCAGAGUUGAACCCUGUCUUUCUGAAAAAUAGGCUUAUGAUCCAAUGCAUAAGAACAAGCACAAUUAUUUCUGAACAUUUCAAUUGUGUUUUUAUUAUGUAUAAAUCAUUGAUGGAGUGAAUAAUUAAUUAAUGAGAAAACCCUAUUUUCUUCUUAAAUUAAAGAUGCCUGAGAAGUAUUGUGUUACCUUUGAGUAGCUUUACUGUGUUAUUUUUAAACUCUUAGGCUGUUUGCUAAGCAGUAUAUAGCAUCUACUCAGGGCAGUUGUAUAAAUGAACUGCUGGACAGAAAAAUUAUAAACUUUAGCAGCUUGACUUUACAUUAGCUUUUGAAAUGUUACUGUCUUAAUGAAAGAAUAUUAGAAUAUUUAGAUUUCUUAGCUAUUUACACAUCACAAGAAAUAAAAAUUGGAAAAAAAUGAUUAAGUCUUAAAACAAGAUUAUUAGAUAAAAUCUGAAAUCAUCUAUUAAGGUUUAGAAGAGAAAAAUACUUUAUUUCCUUGCAUCUCAUAUGUACAUGUAUCUAAAAUACAUCUGCUUUUAAACUGUCAGUGGAAAAAAAAAAAAAAAAAGAAAAAAAAAAAGUAUUGCUAGCCCUGAAUUAUUUCGUUAUUCCUCCUUAGAGUUAGCAGAAAAAAGUAUUGAAAUGUGUUUUUUUCUCUAAAUCUGCAGUGGUCUAGGUGGAAGAUGUUUACCUAUAUCUGCCAGUGUCAGAGAUAAACAUGCACUGUGCAUGGUGCCUAGGAUUUUCAGAGCUGCCUAAAGUACGAGGUCCUCCCUAAAUGCCAAUUUGAGGGAAUUUGGAUUCCUGAUGCAAACUCAUUUUGGAUGCAGCAAUUCUUGGUGCUCAUCUUCGGAUACCUUAAUGCAACCAGUUUUUCAGAGAGUGGGUGCUCAAGGCUUUCUGAAAAUUUACUCCAUUUAUGGUGUCUCAAGCUGGAUAUCCAAAAAACAGAGGUCACUGAUAAAAAGAAGAAAAAAAAAAAUAAAAAAAUCUAGGUCUGAAGAAGUCUCUUAGGCGGUUUUGAAGUUCUCUAUCCAGUAUUGGUUCUACCACUUAAAAAUGUAGAACUCUUUUCCUACUCUACACUUACUGACUAUGAAGAUUUCAGAGGACCAAUAUUUGUAUUUUGCAAAGUUUUUUAGCUGCCCAUUUUUUCCAUUAUCUAAAUGAGAUAUAAUGGUAUUAUCCAAGUAGAACACAACUGGUAGGCUUUUGUGAACAGUUUAGUUAUUUUCCCAUGGACAUGGCUAUAUAAAUCUGAUUCCCAAUGUGGUGGUGGUCCUUUUUUAAAAAUCUGUGAACAAAUGAGGAACGGUACAUGGUAGGAUUGGAGUGUAGAGGUACCAUGGUAGGAGUACGAGACGUACUGUACUGGAGUUCAUUCCCAUUAAGCUCAGAGACAACUCUUCAUCUCUUCAGUCACUGACAGUAUGAGUAUUCGCUCAUACUACACAGAUGAACCAAUCUUGGUGCCAAACCACCCCCUCCCCUUUUUUGUUCAAGUUGGAAGUUAGAUUUUUUUGGAAAUCUAUUACUUAGAUGUAAAUUGAGAGUUAUUAUAGGCCAGGAUGUAAUUUUUGCAUAUUUUUAAAAUCAGUGUCCAUUUCACACAUUUUCUCAAGCCAUUCAGAAUAUUUUCCAAACACUUGGGAGAAAAAUAAACAGGAAGAAAGUAGAAAUAAAAAAUAUAUGUAUUUGUGCAGGAGAAAGAAUAGGGUGUGCAGACUGUACUGUGACCAAUAAGAAUACAUGUUGUCCCCUGUCCAACCAUCAGAAGUACAGAAAAAGAGGUAGACAGUAUUUCUGGAGCUUGGACAGGGAAGUUGUGGGAUGGGAAAGGCCAUAGGGAAUAUCCCAGAAUGGUUGUUACCCCAGCUAGAUCCAGACUUGCUGUAAAGUGGGAAGCCCUUUAUGCAGCUGGCUCUAACCUCCCCAGAUAUCUGCUAGAUCUGGAGGAGGCUGCAUGGUUUUCCUACUGCACAGCAGUUAAGAGACCCUCAAGGAAUUUUUUUUCUUUUUCUUUUUCUUUUUCCUUUUUUUUUUUUUUUUUUUUUUUUUUUACCUCUCCAGGGAAACCCUUUACAGGGUUUUGCCCAGACACAUUUUUCUUGCAGGAUUGGGGAUUAUUAUGUGCCUGCAUAAAAAUGUAGUCCUCCAACCCACUCGUGGGGCUGGCUAAAGUGCCCUCACUGCUAGACCAAAGGCACUGCAGGAAAGGCGAAUUCAGCCUUUCAUCAACUUUGCAACAUGCUGGGGAUGGCUGGUCAGGUCCUAAAUCACAGCAAUCUCAGGCUUGCUCUUGCUUAUGCUUUCUGCGCCCGCAUCUCGGGGCUGCCGCUGUGACAGCCCGGGCGUAGCGCAUUGCCCUGCUCAGUGCAUCACCCGUGCUGGUGGCUGAGGGGGCUUUGUAACACCCACAUGUCCCCUUGGCUCUGGGGAUCUCCCCACAGCUCCAGCCUGGCAGCACAGCGAGGCAAUGGCACAAGAAGGAACAAGUGGCCCUCGGCUGCCAUGUGAGCACAAGUGGCAAAAUGUUAUCGCUCAGCUGUAGCUGCAAGUUCGCACUGAAGAUAAAUGCUUGCUAGGAAUCAAAUGCUCAUGUAAUGGAGUCUCACUUUGUGAAUUUAAGUUUGUCAUGUUACUUACAAAAAGCCCAGUAGUCUAACUUGGGAUCAAGCUAGUUUUAGAUCAGUAUAUUGAUAUGCAAUAUUAUAUAUUAUUAUAACAGAUAAAGUUAAUGGGAUAGCGUGAUGAAAAUAUGUUUGUAUGAAAAAUAUAAUUAGCUCUAAUGUAAGCAGGUUUAAAAAACAUAAAAAGUGUAUGAUUACUUGCUAAAUGGGCACAAAUGGGCAAAAAGACAUGAAUUCUAUUUAUUUUUACAGCUACUGACUCCAUUUCCUUUUAUAAUGUCAAAUGUCAAAUGUCAAAUGUUUUCUUAUUUUUGAAUAAGCUAGCUAGGUGCUUGGAUAAAAAUCUUAAAAAGCAGCUUAAGAACUGGAUAAAAGUCUGUGCUGUUUUCUGUUGGUCAGAGAAAAUUCUGUCAUUAGAAUCAAUUCAUGUUCUCUGUCAUUAUCUUGUAUUUCACAAUGUAUCUGUAUUUUAAUGCCCAUGAAUGACAACAAUUAAAUCAUGUUGUUCUUUUCAAUA